AUGGCUUCCAACACUGCUCUGCUCUUCACAUUCUCCCUUCUCCUCGCCCUCGUCUUCUCUAACAAUUACUCACCGUGCCACGCCGCUCGCCUUCUGCUUGAAGACACCGAAGAGCCAGAACUCCCUCCUUUCCCAGAAUUCCCGGAUUUACCCAAACCAGAAUUGCCACCGCUUCCCGAGCUUCCUCCCUUCCCUGAAUUCCCCGCUUUCCCUAAACCCGAACUCCCUCCAUUACCAGAAUUCCCCACGCUGACAAAGCCGGGAGAAUCUAAUUCGGCCGAGGUGGAAGAGCCCAAGCUGCCCGUUCCAGAGCUGCCUCCAUUGCCCGAGUUCCCUCAUGACUUCCCCAAGCCCGAGCUUCCGCCAUUACCGGAGAUACCUCAUGACUUUCCCAAGCCAGAGCUUCCGCCAUUGCCGGAGAUUCCUCAUGACUUGCCGAAGUUGGAGCUUCCGCCAUUGCCGGAGAUACCUCACUUAUUGCCAGUAGAGCCAAAGCAUCCAUAAACUUAUUAUUGUAUUAGCUCAGUGCUGAGUUACGUACAGUUCAUCGAUCUUCAUCAUUUACCUUGUCUUUAUUCUCUAUUUCUAGUUACUGUCUUCGUCUUCUUCGUGACGGAUUUGUUUAGUUAUGUACGUAUGUAUCAUGAUCGAUGUUAUUAUGAUGUUAAGCAGAUCACCUGUAGCAGUUGAUUAUGUCUACUAAGAUUAUUAACUAUAUACACUGCAUUUAUUUG